CUCCGUCUCUUCUUCUGAUUCUGGUUCUGCUGCUGCUGCUUAUUCUUCUUCUCGUGUGCAACUCCACGGCUUCGUCGUCUUCUUCGUCUCAUCCUGCUCCUCCUCCUCAUACCUCCCUCCCGCCAUAGCCAGCCUCCUCCCCCCUGCCGUCCUGACUCUUCCUCCUCUUCCUCCUCUUUCUCCUCCUUCUCCCACUCAUUCUUCUUUUUUAGUCUUCCUGUCAAUCCAAUUGUUGCGUCUCCACUGCCCUUCUUCUACUUCUUCUGUUUUCCUCUGUUUUUUUCCUCACUUCCCUUCCUCUUUCCCAGUUUUACUUGGUUGUAUUCUAAUGCCGUUCUUUACGUGAGAAUCGGACUAUUGAUUCGGUCGUUUUGAAUUUCCACGUUUCCUUUCGAAUACUGCGAUAAUUCUGUCUGAGGACUGGGGAUGGAGUUGGACAGCGGGUGAUUUAUUUUCGUUUUUUUUUCUUCUUCUUGUGUUUGUAGUUGUUUUUUCCAGAGGGGUUUUUUUGUCGGGAGUUCGUUGCGCACGAUGGACUGUUGGGAGGAUAGAAUUUUUGCAGCGGGGAUCGUAAUUUAGGGUUUUAGGUUGUGGGAAUGGAUUGGGUGUAGAGAUUGUGUAAGAGAGUUAGUUGAGAGUCUAUGUCGAGGGGAGAGGAAGAAAGAAGCAGAUUCGGCGACGAGAAGAGUGGGUGUUAAUUAGGGUAAGGGAGGGAGAGGCAUUUAGCAGCCAUGGGGAAGAAUCAGGCGUACAAGGCAAUGCAGCGGGCCAAAAUGGGGACAAGUACUGCUGCCGGCGGUCCGGGCGAGGAGAUUGAUGAUGGCAUGAUGGACGGAUCUUUCCAUUCACCAGAGUGGCAUGCUGCACGUUUGGCAUCUCUUCAAACUUCACACACGGUUACCUGGGAAGAGUGGAAGCAGAAACAGAAGGAGGAAGCUAGGAGACAAGAAGAACUUGAAGAUGACGAGGCUAAAUUAAUGAGAGAAUAUCGAGCACAAUUGGAUGCUGAGCGAGCGAAGAAGCUGGCAAGAGGAUCAAAUCAUGCUACCUUGCGAGAUAAAGGUUUAAAAAAGAGCAAGAAGGAUAAAGACAGAGACAAGCUUAAAGUUGCCAAGAAAAGAAAGAGGUCUUCUUCAAAGAGACGUCGUGGUAGAAGCGACUCUGAGUCUGAAACAGAUAGUUCUAGCAGUGAGGACGAUCGGCGGAAAGACAGAGAUCGACGGAAAAGCAGAAAAGAUAGGAAGGACAGGAAGGAGAGGCACAAGUCACGAAGAAGACGAUCUGAGAGUACUUUAGAUAGUAGAAGCAAUAGCGAAGGUGAGGAUGGUGGGCCACUACCUCUUUCCUCAUUUUUCGACAAGAAUGUCAAAGAAGUAUAAUUGGUUUGAGCAUUUACUAAACAUGUUUUUGUAUUCUGAAGAACGAUCUUGCUCUCAAUAAAGUUUUAAAACAUCAGCAUACUUCUGAUUUGAGGU